AGACCCCCCCAGUCAAGUGAGUCACACAACAAUUCUAGUCUAAUACUCCACUUAUGUCUGAGGCUCACUGCAUACUGCUCAGUGUGUGAUAGCAUCGUCAUAUAAGAACAAGGGAAGUCAUUAUGACUCUUCAUCUGACAGGGGUUUGGCUGCUGCUCAUCACACAUACAGUGUUGGUGUUCUGUGAUAUGGAAUUCCUGGAGAGAACGCAGGGUGACUCUAUAGAGUUCUUCUGUAUCUCUGAGUUCAAUGCCUCCAAGCCCAUUGGGCUCUACCUGAAACGCAAGUGGCUGCAGCCCAACCAAGAGGUCCUGUUCAUGUUUACUGAACAAAAGCCUUCGUUUUACGGUGACGUCAAAGAGCGCAUCCAUGUCACGGGAGACCCGAGUACUCACCGGGUCAACGUGACCCUCAGCCAGCUGAAGGGAACAGACACAGACCUCUACUACUGUGAGUUUGUCUUCCCCGAUGCCUCCAGCGUCGAUCAAAAGAUUCCAAGCAAUAUGGAGUUCUUUCUGUACGUUGAUAAUGUUGAAGAUGUCCCAGACAACAAGAUGGAUGUAGGCCUGAUAGAGACGUGCGCCGGGGGGUCAGCUGUCCUCCCCUGCCUCGCCCCCUACGGUUCCCCCUCGGCCAUGGAAGGGGUAUGCCUGAAGAGGCGGUGGGGCCGGGCUCCAGUGGAGGUGCUGUUCCACUCAAAGCGCCCCUCUUCCUCUGCCUCGUUCCCCCCAGAAGAGAGGCUUCACCUGGGCACGGGUCUGGGCGGCCUGGCAUACAACCUCACCCUGCUAAAGAUGCAGCCGGAAGAGAGCGCCUUUUACAGCUGUGAGCUGCUGCUCCCCGGCAGGUCCGACAACAGUGCCAGGCUAGGGAGAUACGUGUACUUUGUGUCUGUGCAAGGUGUUAGGUGUAGCUGUACUGGCUACACUCCACUGCUCUAUGCCCUUUCUGCUGCUGUGGGGUUGCUACUCAUGUUCCUUAUGGCCCUGGGAGUGGCUCAUUAUGGUAAGACCCGAGGAGACCGUGUAAAACCGCAGCCCCACCAGGCUUCCAUCUACGAGGAGAUGGUUGGGGUGCGGCCCCCCAACCGGAAUGGAAAAGUGUCUCCCUCUGAGUUCUCAACAGGAAAACCACAAAGAGGCCCGAAGAGUCACCGCUAGUAUCUGAAACUGCGAGGAACAAGGUCUGCCCAAUCUCACCAACACGGUGUUUGACUAUAACUACAACUUACAUAACCUUACAUUUGGACAAACAAACAUCCACCUAACUUAGUUUGUUGUACUGUAAAUGCUGUUGUGGCGUUAUAAACAAUGUUUUGUAUUUGAUGUAAAUGCUGGCAGUGAAAUGUUGUAGCCUUGCUUUACUUUUUGAAAAGGUAUUGUAUUUAAACCAACAAAAAUA